AUGACGGCGUACGACGAUUAUGGCAUGCCCGUCGGCGCAUAUUCCGAGCCGGAAAGCCUGCCGCACCAGGUAUGGCGAGUCGCUCGUGCCUUCGCACUAUACCGAGUCAAACCAGAGAUGGACAAGAGGUGGAUCGGCAUAAGGAGAGGCAACUGGAGCUUGAGGCGGCUAUUUAGUGCGGCAUGGGUGCUGGUCGUGGUGUGGUGGGUUGCCGUUUACUUCGGAGAGCGGAGCGCUAUUCGGAAUGCCGUUGACGCGUGUCGCUGGGAGAAUUGGGAGCAAUGGGGAGACGGCGCAAACCCACACAGACUCGUCUUCGUCGCAGAUCCCCAGCUCAUAGAUCCGCAUACCUACCCUGGCCGCCCGUGGCCGUUGAACGAUCUUACCAUUCGAUACGUGGAUCAAUACCUCCGUCGAACAUAUUCGCGCAUACAGGAGGUUUUAUACCCGGACACUGUCUUCUUCUUGGGAGACCUCUUCGAUGGAGGGAGGGAAUGGUCGACGCACACACACAAGAAUCCAGAUAAGCAAUGGCAACAGUACGGCGACGACUUUUGGAUGAACGAGUAUCGUCGCUUUGGGCGCAUAUUCUUUAGCCAUUGGGGAGACGGAGGGCUAGAAGGAAGGCCUGGUCAACCUGGACGCAAGCUCAUAAGUAGUCUGCCGGGAAACCACGACCUAGGGUUCGCACGUGGUGUGGAUACAAGCGUGCGCGACAGGUUUAAUGCAUACUUUGGGGACAGCAACAGGAUCGAUAUCGUCGGAAAUCACACUUUUGUUUCGAUCGACAGCGUCUCCUUGGAAGCGAAGGGACUGGCGAACCCACAGGCCGUGCAGCAUCUCUGGAAGCCUACGACCGAUUUUCUGGACAAUGCGAAGAAACAGAAGAGGAGGCUGAUACAGAGGGAGCUUAGGAUACAGCAGGAAUUACAACCAUACCCCGGGUUUGAGCACAAAGUUCUGGAGCGAGAAGAGCUCGCGAAGGCAGAGAUACCACACUCGGAUGACGACGUUACCGAGUUUCCCACCGUCUUGCUCUCCCAUGUACCGCUUUUUCGGCCGCCCGGUACGCCUUGCGGGCCCAUGAGAGAAAAGUACCCGCCAACACCGGUCGGGAAGGGAGAAGAACCGCUCGAAAAAGACCAUCGAAAUGCAAUCUCAUUGAGCGGAGGUUACCAGUAUCAGAAUGUGCUCCAUGAGGAGAUUACCGUGGACAUUGCGGACAAAAUAGGCGACAUUCGAUAUGCGUUCUCGGGCGACGAUCACGAUUAUUGCGAGGUUCUUCAUCAUGCGUAUACUUCUGGUGGUGGAGGUAUCAAAGAGAUCACGGUGAAGUCGCUGUCAUGGGCCAUGGGCGUUCGACAUCCUGGCAUGCUCAUGGUGAGCAUGUGGAAUCCUGUCGAUGAGCGCGGAAAACCGCUCUCCGGCGACGCUUCGAAAACGCUUCAGACGCACUUAUGUCUGAUGCCUGACCAGCUCGGUAUCUUCAUACGGUACGCAGGUCUAUUUGGCCUCACCCUAUUCGUACUUGCCGUCCGAGCGGCACUCGUCGUACGCGGUGUCAUCAAACCGCAACAACCUGUAGAGACCCCUCUGCUCCCUACAAACAGCUCAUCCGCCGAACACGAGAAAGCUGCCCUUCAUUCGCAAGAUUUCGCCCCUAAUCCCUCGGAUUCCUCCAAUUCCUCAACUUCCUCAAACAGCAACAAUCUCCAAGUUCGCAACACUCAAGCUCGCACUCGCAGCGUCUCACCUGUGGGCGGCUACGGUCUUCCCGCAAACUCAGCUCCACAGUCUUCAAAAUUCUCGUACCCGCUUGUCCAGCAUGCGGGCUACUUCGAACCCUCACAGAGCGCUGAUCAGGAGAAGAGACGGGAGGCGCAGGCUAGAGCAUGGGGAAAUGUUAGCACGAAGAAGAGCUCAGGCAAGAAGACGGGUAUGUCACUGUUCUGGGCAGAGUUUGGGAGAAGUCUGGGCAGUGUCGCAUUGCUAGUGUUGACUUGGUACUUCUGGCUGAUUGCGAGGUGGUAA